CGAGGAGGACGUCGACGCCCUGUUCGUGCCCGGCGAACUCGGCGCGGUGCGGUGGGUGCGCUACGCAGAGGACGACGAGGACGCCGUCUGGAUGGCCGUGGCGGGCUUCGACGCCGGCUACGUGUACAAGUACCGCUUCGGGCACGAGGACCCCGUCGAGUGCGUGGCGGUGCCGGGCAACGACGACCUGGAGGUGUCGACCUUCCUCUACUACACGAACAACAAGUACCUGUUCCUGGGCAUGGGCGACGGCGCGGUGCGCUGCGUGCGCGUCAAGGACGACCCCGGCGACCUCUCCGACUACUGGAGCCUCGGGAUGCACAAGGGCCCCGUGGUGGGGCUGGCGCUGUCCGCGGACUCGCGCACCCUGUACUCUGCGGGCCAGGACGGCAACCUGUUCAUGUACGCCGUCCACCCGGAGGGCGGCGAUCCCCCGGCCUCGCUGGCCUCCCCCGCGGCCAUCUCGGCGCCCGCCGCCGCCGAGGAGCUGUACGGCGCGGACGUGCCCACCCUGGAGGACCAGUGCGCCAAGGCGGAGCAGGACCGCAAGAUGAAGGUGGCCGCCGAGAACCUGCAGCGCGCGGAGCAGGCCCUGUGGGGGCUCGCGGACACGUACAACAACAUCGUCAGGUGGUAA